CGCCUCUCGCGAUCUCGUAGCAAUUCGCAGAGCUACAUUGACACCAACUACUCGCCGCACGACAGCAAGACGGCCUACGACGACGACUACGACAACCGUCCCGACUCUGCGCGCGGCCCUCCAACAAAGUCGGCAUCGCUCAACGACGCUUCCAUGUUUGCACAACAGCCUCAAUCCAUGGAUAACUUUAACGCUCCUCCCAUGUCUCGAGCUGGUCCGCAGCUCAUGUCCAAUGGCUUUGGUGGUCCUACAAAGCCAGCAUCCGUCUCUGCGCCCAUUCAACCAGAGCCCAUGCCAGAUCUCUUGACGCGUGCCUUUAACGAAGCUGUGCGUCCCUACACUAACCGCGUCGAAGAGCUUGAGAAUGAAGUGGCCGACCUCAAGGCCUGGAUUGAACAGCUCGAAGCUCAGAGAAGAGAGGUCCACGCAUGGAUUGACAAGCGUGGCUUGAGACCUGAUGUUCCACCAAGCAUUGCUCAACAAAUGGAUGCAUCCAACCCUCACAACCCGACGGCUGCAGCUUCAACCUUGAACGCCCAGCUAGACCGCAAAAUCACCAUUGUCAACUUUGAUCUGCACCGUCUCCAGGACGAUCUCAACGACUCUUUGCCUACUCCUUCCUUUAGCGCCUGCAUGCUCAAAUUCCUUCCCGACAUCAGUCGUCUAGCUGCUCUACCCUCCGGACCCAAAUUUGCCUUUGACUUGCUGCUCAAGUUGGGCGGUAACCUCAACUCCCACGGUGGUCUCGAGAAUGGCGAUGAAGAAGACUUGCGUGAGCGCAGAUCCUUCUAUGCACGUCUUGAUGAGGCCAUGGUCGAUAUCGUGCGUGGCCGUUUCAGAGAAGAGGGUGAAGGCUGGGGUGUCGCCAGAGAGAUCAAGCGCAUCGAAAAGACUGGUGCCUAUCUCCGCAACUGGGGUGUUGAACCUUACUUCCCUCAAACACUUGAUGUCAUGAGAGAAGGCUCUGGAGCUGCUGGUGCUGGUGUCUAUCACGGAGGCGGUACCCCUCCAGCCUAUCAAUGA